UGUUUACAAGGUUUCCCCCGUCUACUUUCUCUUGCUAUAACCUCAUCGAAGGAUCAAUUGUAAUCUGAGAGAUUGCUGUUCCUCUCAGUUAAAACAUAGAUGGCAGGCCAUAUUACCAGGUCAAGAAGGCUAGAAACUCAGCAGCUGGAACAGUCAAGGGCUAAGUGGACAACAUCACUCACCAAGAUACUGGCAGAUUUGAUGGUUGACCAAGUACACAAAGGGAAUAAACAAAACAAUUCGUUCAAUAAGAAAGCAUGGAAAUAUAUAUGUGAUGGAUUUUACAACAAAACAGGUUUGAAAUGGGAUAGGGAACAACUCAAAAACCGACAUUCAGUGUUGAGGAGGCAAUAUGCUAUCGUGAAGUCCAUUCUUGAUCAAGGCGAGUUUAUUUUGGAUGAAGCCACAGGAUCUAUAAGGGCGGAUGAUGACAUUUGGGCUGAAUACAUCAAGAAUCAUCCUGAUGCGGAGACCUUAAAAAGUGGUGGCUGUCCAAUCUUUAAGGAGCUAUGUACAAUAUUCUCUGAACCAACAACGAACGGAAAGCAUGAAAUUUUAGCUAUGUCUGAAGGUGAACAUACUCCUAGAGCUCCUUGUCCAAAGUUCUUGAGCACACACCAAGAGGAGUCUUCAUCUGAAUAUGAUGAUGAGGAAGAUUCAAAUUACACUCCAACAGUUCAACCUACUACACCUACAGCAACUUGCAGUAGUCGCAAAAGAGGGCGUAAAGGAGUUGAUGAUGCUAUUGCGGACGCUAUAUUGGAGAUGGCAUCUGCAUCCAAGAUGAGGGCAGCUGCUAUAGAGCAACGUAACUCUAAAUACAGCAUUGCUGACUGUAUUAAGGAAUUAGAUUUAAUGCAAGGUGUUGAUCAAAGGAUAUAUUUUGCUGCUCUAGAUAUUUUCAACAAACCUAAUGCAAGGGAGAUAUUUUUGUCUCUCAAAAAGAAUAAACGUUUAACAUGGUUGCAUCACAGAUGUGCGGUUGCACUCCAGUAGAUAGAUUUCAGCUAUCUCUUUGUCAGCUGCAAGGAUUUGGAAACUCAACAAUCUACCAGUGUCAUGAGUUUGGUAGUCACUAUUCUCCAUGGAGAAGGUGGAAUAGUCUUGAUUAAGGUGAUGUUCGAAAGAGUUUGUAUAUGUUUUGCAUCAGUUUUUGGAAUUUAUUUAUAAACAAUAACCCAUGCCUAUAAUUUUUCAUUAAUUUAGCCUUCCUCUUAUAUCUGUUUGACUUGCAUUAUAAGUCUAAAACCUAAACCAGUGCUGCUUGGAUGACAAGUUUUGAGUUUUCCAAAAGCCAGUAGUUGUAAGAGAGAAACAGAAACACUUUCUGAGAGCCAUUUGUAAGUUAUAAAGGAUAUUUUUGGGAGUUAAAAAUUAGAAAAACAAUAGGUAGCAUAAGUGUGAAUGUUAAAUGCACAAGUAUUAGUAGUAGAUGUAUAGGAUUUGUUCUUAAUAUCUUCAUUGUAUUGAUAAAUGCACAAGUAUAAGUAGUAGAUGUAUAGAAUCUACAAUGUAGCUGAUAAGCUCACACACAAUCACAGUUUAACCCGGAUUAC